UGUGCUUUGAGGAGAGUUUUGAAGGAAGAGUGAGGAAUGGUGCAUGGUAGCUGUGUGCUGGGAGGGAGUUCCAGGCAGAAGGGACAGCAAGAGGGGACUGAGUCUGAAAGAACAAAGCCCUCAAUGAUGCUGAAAGUGGUGGCGUUGCAGAGCAAGAGUCAUUCAUUGGGGAUUGAUGAACAAACAGUAAACCUUGGAGGACAAGACGGAUAAUUUGGGCCCUAUUUCUAAAGAGGAGAUGACCUGUGGCUUUCCUGUUGGAAGCGAAACCAUGGCGAGCCCAGCAAAAGAGAACUAUAGAAUGAAGAGUUACAAAAACAAGGCACUGAACCCUGAGGAAAUGCGUCGGAGAAGAGAGGAGGAGGGGAUUCAGCUACGCAAACAGAAACGAGAGCAACAGCUCUUUAAACGAAGGAAUGUGGAACUAAUCAGUGAAGAUGCUGCCAUGUUUGACAGUCCCCUCGUUGACUCCUUUGUCAGCUCCACUACAGCUGGGGAGGGUGUGAUCACAAGGGAGAUGGUGGAAAUGCUGUUCUCGGAUGAUCCCGACCUUCAGUUAGUAACUACCCAGCGGUUCAGAAAACUACUUUCAAAAGAGCCAAAUCCUCCUAUAGAUGAAGUGAUAAGCACUCAAGGAGUGGUUGACAGGUUUGUUGAGUUCCUCAAAAGAAGUGAAAACAGCACAUUACAGUUUGAAGCUGCGUGGGCAUUAACGAAUAUUGCCUCAGGCACCUCAUUACAAACCAAAAUAGUAAUUGAGGCUGGAGCAGUUCCAAUUUUCAUCGAACUGUUGAGCUCUGAUUUUGAAGAUGUUCAAGAACAGGCUGUCUGGGCGCUCGGGAACAUCGCUGGAGACAGCUCUGCCUGUCGUGAUUAUGUCCUCAACUGUGGCAUCCUUCCUCCCUUGCUCUUGCUCCUCACAAAAUCUACCAGGUUGACAAUGACACGAAAUGCUGUCUGGGCGCUGUCAAACCUGUGCAGAGGGAAGAACCCACCCCCUGAAUUUGAGAAGGUGUCAUCCUGUUUGCCAGUCUUGUCACGCUUGCUCUUCAGCAGUGACUCUGACUUGCUGGCAGACGCAUGCUGGGCACUCUCCUACCUGUCGGAUGGUCCCAAUGAGAAAAUCCAGGCUGUAAUAGAUUCCGGAGUGUGUCGCCGAUUGGUGGAGUUGCUAAUGCACAGUGAUUACAAGGUGGCUUCCCCGGCCUUGCGAGCCGUUGGCAACAUUGUGACAGGAGACGACAUCCAAACACAGGUGAUCCUGAAUUGCUCGGCAUUGCCUUGCCUCCUUCACCUACUCAGCAGCCCUAAGGAGUCGAUCCGGAAAGAAGCUUGCUGGACAAUCUCAAAUGUCACAGCAGGGAACAGGGCUCAGAUUCAGGCAGUCAUAGAUGCCAACAUUUUCCCAGUGCUGAUAGAGAUCUUGCAGAAAGCUGAAUUCCGCACAAGGAAGGAGGCUGCUUGGGCGAUCACAAAUGCAACGUCAGGAGGCACUCCAGAACAGAUCAAAUACUUAGUAAACCUGGGUUGUAUCAAACCCCUCUGUGACCUUUUGACAGUCAUGGACUCAAAGAUUGUUCAAGUGGCCCUCAAUGGCUUGGAGAACAUCUUGCGGCUGGGUGAGCAGGAGGCAAAACAGAGUGGCACGGGCAUCAAUCCCUACUGCAGCCUCAUUGAGGAAGCUUAUGGCUUGGAUAAAAUAGAGUUUCUGCAGAGCCAUGAAAAUCAAGAAAUCUACCAGAAGGCCUUUGACCUGAUUGAGCACUACUUUGGCAUUGAUGAUGAUGACUCCGCUUUGGCUCCCCAGGUAGAUGAGACCCAGCAGCAGUUCAUCUUCCAGCAGCCAGAAGCCCCCAUGGAAGGCUUCCAGCUAUAACGCGUGUGCUGAGUGUGUGUGUGUGGGGAGAAGAAACAUCACAACUUCACUGGCAAGUGAACUGCAAAGAGCCUUCACAGACCUGGCCCUGUUCUCUCCUCUGCCAAGCAGGCGGCUGUGAAGAGCCCUCUCCACCUGUUCCCAAACGGCUUUCUCCUUCACAGCAGCAAUGCUUUGCUCUCACAAAGAGGAGAGAUUCUUACACACACAACACAUUAUUUUCUUUUGCUGCUGCACAUGUUUGUCAAAAGCAGGUGCUGAGGUGGAUGAAAGAGGUGUAAACCAGUUACACCUUCUAGUGUGUGUUUCUCCCUUUUUUGUGGUGGUUUUUCCUCCCAAGUGUGACUCCUCACUUGGGUACUUGACAGAUGACUUUUUCAGUGGGAGAAAGCAAAAUGACACACAAUAACCAAGGAAUCUGAUCCUGGAUGCUUGUGUUCAACUAUUUAAAACCAUUUUUUUUGCACAUUUAAUUUUUAUUAAAGACUCUUAAUCUGCCAAAAGCACCACUUCGGCCCACAUUGGUUUAUUUUUGGGGGGUAACCCUCUUGCCAAACAGCACCUUUCAAGGAUACGGGCCAAGUUGCUGCUGCCCUCCUCUCCUCCCCCUCCCCACUAUUAAAACAUAUUCUUGUACUUGGUGCAGGAGAGAUUGGACAAUGCCACCCCACAAAACAUGGGGAAAGCUUUACCCCUCGGGGGGAUUUUUCUUUUUUCUUGAACUGCUUAUGGUAUUCAGAGCUGCAAGUACCUCCACUCCCACCCCGAAAUCUAAGGGGGAGGCACAAGACAAGAGGACUCAAAGCACAGUUGCUGAGGGUGGACCUUGACUUACAUUUGCUACUGACUGAAGAACUGGUGGAAGAAGCCCCAUCUUGCAUCUUUACUUGAAGAAAAACAAUUGGCAAAACUUACUGAAGCCUUUUGAUUCAUGUCUCUCUCUCUCUUUUUUUUUCCAUGUUCUUGGACGGCUGGGGUGAGGACAGAUCUGAUAGCUUUUCUUGGGGAGGGUGAUGUAGCUAAACUUGGCACAUAAUUGGCUCUCUAUUCCAAUAGUCAAGUGGCCUCUGUUUCUCAGAAUUACCUCCUGCUCACAACUGUAUUGUGUACAUUUUUACUUCAAAAUGAAGAAGUCAAAGCUCUGUAUUUUUUAUAUUAUAUAUACGCAUAAAUAUUUGUCCAAUUUGGUCUUCAGAGAGGGGGAAAGCUAUACAAUUCUUCUAAGGUAUAUGCAUAGGAUUCUGGGUGGCAGGGCUACCUGGAGACACUGCCCAAGCCCCUUAGGUUCUCUUGUACUCCCCACUGAUUACAUCAGCUGGCAGCUUUGGCUGAGCUUCCCUGAUGGGGCUAAAACUGGCUAGUGGCCACAGCAGAGAAUAGGGAAGCUAAUGGAUUUCUUUUGGGGAGGGAGGGAGGGCCCCUUCAGAUGUCUUAACGAAAGCUUACAUUAUGCACACAUUUCCACCCCCACCCCUUUGCUCUCCAAAGUUUGGAUUCAGGGUUCCCAAGCCUUCAGGAACAGAGACAUUCAAGCAGGUGAGAAAUUGGAUGUGAAGCCUUGGGCUGUAUUUUGUAAUAGAGAUUUGCUCUUCAUUGUUUAAGAAAAAUGAAAACCAAUGCCAAGGAAAUGUAAUAAACUACAUCUGUGCAUUCAGUGACUGCAAUCCA